GUUUUAUUUCCUGCAUCCGAUCUUCCCUUUUUUCUUUGUCUUUCACGCGGGCUCCCCCACAUUUUGGGAGUUUUGGGAUGGUUAACUGACUGUAGAAAGAACUUGUGUUGCCUGGGAGUUCUCUAAAAGGUUCAGAUGGAAGAGCUUCCCUUGGUGGAGGGUGGCAUCCCAUUGUUUGGAAGCGAGCGAAGGUCCCAGAAACUGGCUGGAAUUCAACCACAUGUUUCUCCAACUUCCAGAUCGAGAAAGUGAUGGCCAGCUUCGUUCCCUUUGAAAGAAAGAAAUCCUUGAUCAAGGUUUCCUUUUCGUCCCUCUUUUUACAUUUGCCUCCUUCCCUCUUUUCCUUUCACCUGUUUGGCUUCGACUUUGGUCGACUCUCUCGCUUCACCCAUUCACUGGCAAACCAUCAUUACGUGACCGGUCAUAACGGAAACAAAAACAACACACCCUCGCUAACUAACCAACAUCAACAAUCCCGGUGCCGAACAACCCGAGACGACGACGACCAUCAAUCAGUUACUUGGGACUGAAGAAACUGCAUUCACAUUUCACAACCCCGCGCCAGCACAGCCCUUUCUGAAGCCAACCACCUGCGCAUCUCCAUUCCUUUCCCCACGAAGGAUUCGCUGCGAGUGCGUUGCCCCAUUGCAUGCGACUAGGGGAUCGACUAGGCAAAAAGCAAUUAAACCGACUUUGGCCCAUCUUAGCCGGUUAGUACGGGGAAACCCCUAUAGGCCAUCCCCUGCAAGGGCCGUUGUUGGUAAGGUAGGGUCCGCCGUGGGUCACAUGGGCGGUGGUCCCUUGGUUAAUCUCAAUAUUUUACGAUACGACUCCCCACGUUAGUCAGUCCACUCUCACUGUCAACAUUCCAUUGUCCGUCGUCCUCCUUGUCGGUUCGUUAGACGGGGGGCAACAUUAUCACUUUCGUUUGUUUCUUUUGAAAACAACAUCACAUAAACCACGUCAAAAUGCGUUCAACAACGGUUUUGACUUUGGGCGCUGCUACUGCCCUGCUCGGCGCAGGCAACGUCCUCGCCGAUGAUAUCCCAACCUGCUCAUUGGACAAGAAAUGUCCAGAGUCGGCGCCUUGCUGUUCUCAAUACGGCCAAUGCGGCGUCGGCGCCUACUGCCUCGGCGGGUGCGACCCGCGCAUGUCCUUCUCUCUAGACUCAUGCGUGCCCGCCCCCGUCUGCCAAGACAAGACCUACAAGAUGGACAAAGCCUCCAUGUCCAAGAUUGUCGACAUCAGCGAGUACCUCGGCGACCCCUCCAAGGCCGACUGGGUCUCGCAGGGUGAGCCCCUUUCGUACAACGACAACACGCUGCUCACCAUGCCCAAGAACUCGGUCGGCACCGUCCUGGCUUCCACCACGUACAUGUGGUACGGCUCCGUCAAGGCGCGGCUCAAGACGUCGCGCGGCCGCGGCGUCGUGACGGCCUUCAUCCUCAUGUCGGACGUCAAAGACGAAAUCGACUACGAGUUCGUCGGCUCCGAGCUCACGACGGCCCAAACCAACUACUACUUCCAGGGCAUCCCGACGUACGCCAACAGCGGCAACAUCAGCGUGACGGACACGUACUCCAACUGGCACGAGUACGAAAUCCGCUGGACGCCCGACCAGAUCCAGUGGCUCGUCGACGGCCAAGUCGGCCGCACAAAACUCAAGUCGGAAACAUGGAACGCCACAGCCAACCAGUGGGACUUCCCGCAGACGCCGUCGCGGGUGCAGUUGUCCAUUUGGCCCGGCGGCGCGGCGUCCAACGCGCAGGGCACCAUUGACUGGGCGGGUGGUGCGAUUCAAUGGGACUCGGAAGACAUCAAGAACUACGGGUACUACUUUGCUACGUUUGGAGAAAUCACGGUGCAGUGCUACGACGCCAAGAGUCCACCGGGGACGAACAAGGGCACGUCGUAUUACUAUAACUCGUACAGAGCGACCAACGAUACGGUGGUGGAUAGCGAUAAGCCUACGGUGCUGGCGUCGUUCCAGGGGACGGGCACGGAUAUGGAUGCUGGCAAGCCGAGUGGGACCAAGGGCGGAUCGGCGAGCGCGACCAAGGCUGGUGGAAGCAAGGGGACGUCGGCGCCGAAUUCGAUUCCGGGCGCGGGAGCGGCGCCUAAUCAGGUGCCGGGCGGAGGGUCGGGGAGUGUCUCUGGAGGAUCUGGAUCGUCGUCGUCCGGCAGUGACGGUGGCAGUUCGGCGGGUGGUGAUAGUGGGAGCGGCGCGAGCAGUGGUUCGAGUGCGUGUGGAAUGAAUGGGUUUUCGCAGAGCUGUGAUGAUGGAAGUGGAAGUGGAAGUGGCGGUUCGUCCACGAAGAAUAAUGGUGUCAAGACGAGGGAUGUCCAGGGGGCGAGCGCGUUGGCGGCCGUGGUGGGGAUUGUUGGGUUGAUGGUUCUUUAAAGAUGUCUUUAUGAAGGGGUGUAAGAGUGAAAGAGAGAGAGAGAGAUUUGGUUUGAUUAGUGAAGAAUGGGCAGGGCAGGACAGUAAUGGUAAUGUUAACGGGUAAUUGAUGUCUUAUCUUGGGCUUGUCCUUCAGCGGUGGUUCCCUUCUUUUUUGUUGGGGGUUUGUGCAUUGGCUUGGGAAGUUUUAAUACCAUUCUGUGGCGUUUGGGUUUAUGUUAUGUCAUUGUGACUAUGACUGUGACGAUGUCCUCUUUGAAUAGGGAAGAGGGUCAUGAGGCUGUCCGUCGGGUCCCAAUAGUGAAUGGAUAUGUUGCUGAGUUCCUCCG